CAUUCGUUGUUCUCUAUCUGCCAUAGGUUAAUCGUGUAUAGUUCUGGUGUAAAAGAAAAACACAUACAGUUGUGAACCAAAACCAAAACCAAAAGGGUUCCAGAGAGUGGCGCCGGAAACUUAUUUGGCCGCAUAAAAUCGUUGACUAUUUCUCACUCACUCUCGUGUUUCGUUUUCUCCGAUUCCGCAGCGACGCAUAGAUGCCAGAAGCACGAGAGCUUCCAGGGUUUUAUUAUGACCCUGAGAAGAACAGGUAUUUCCCCAUCAAAGGCCCUAUUCCUGGUUCUUCUUCUAAGCCCAAGACACCCCAAGCCCCUUCCAAACAGGUGCAGGAAAGUGGUGGGAGUUGUUGUAGGAAGCUUAGAAACAGAACUUCUAAGCUGCUUCAGGCUAGGGAGUUGGAUGGUCACCGUGUCAUUGCCUCUCACAAUUGCAAGCGUAAUAUUGCUGAGGAAUUCCGGAAAAUACACGCAGCUAAACCUGUUGUCUGGAAAUUUCGGGGAGCUGAUAAGAUAGGUAUCAGCGCUAUGGAACACUUGCGUGUUGAUGUGCAGACGCGGCAUGGGCAAUCUGAAACUGAUGUUUUGUUGACGGGCAACAUAAAUGGAUCACUGAGUUUUUCUGAAGUUGGAAAGGUUGGACAAUAUUUUGAUGGUGGGGCACAAUGGAUGGCAGAUUGUGUGAAGAAUUAUGAUAAGGGGAAAACAGUCGAGCAGGAUGAGUUGCUUGGGCCAGUUUUCAGACCUAAUCGAGCUGCAUUACUUAUGCCCUCCAGGAUAUCUUGUAUAAGAUUGGGUCCGAAUUGCUCUUCUCAUGCUGUGAAUGGCAGUCCUAUUGUUGGACAUGCAUUAUUUACUACUUUGGGAUCAGAGACAUCAGGUGGAUCAGUUUAUACAAUUGGUUUUGUUGAACCAUUAGACCUUGGAGCAGGUAUACUGAACACAUGGAGCAGACUAGAGGAAAUUGCUUCUUUCAGGUGUACCCUUUGGACAGCAGAAUACGAUUAUAAUAGACAUCAGGCUGUAAUCGGUACAAAUAUGGGAGGUGCUUCAGUGAAUCUGGAAACUGGGAUUACAUCAUGGUUUUUACAUUGUAAAAGUGAUGUUUUUGCACAACAAAUUGUUAAUUCGGGAAAUGUGAUUUUAUGUGGGCUCAGAAAUGGGGCAAUUGUCACUGUAGAUUUUCGUGAGAAAAGAGAAAGGCUUUCUGGUAGACUUAUUACCCAUCGGAUACCUUAUACAUCUUCAGAUAAGAAAGUUGGAGGUUCUAAUAAAGAAUGGUUCAAGCUCAAAGGAGACAUAAAUCCUUCUCAUACGAUUAGGAUGCCUUCAUCAAUAUCCUCUUUGGUGUCACUUCAGGAUGAGCAAUACUUCUUGGCAAGCUCAAUGGAUGGAUCGAUGAGGCUUUAUGAUCAUCGUCUACUCCAGAGGGGUGCUGUUCAAUAUUACGAAGGGCAUGUGAAUUCUCAUACUCGUAUACAGAUGGGUGUUGAUCCAACUGAGAGAUUUGUUAUGUCAGGUGGAGAGGAUUGCAAACUACGGUUAUGGAGUAUCAAGUCUGGUGAACUUCUUUUUGAGGACAAGUUCUCUGAUUCAGUUCUCUCCGCUGUGUGCUAUAAAACAUGUAGAAAUAGUUUCAUAGCAGAAGAGGAAACCCAAUACAAGCAUGACUCUUCUAUCGGUGCUUGGCUUGGAUCACACGAAGGACUGUUUUAUAUGAACUGGUUAUGACUGUGAAGGAUCCUGCUGUAUCUAUAGAACGUGAACCUGCUGCUGAUCUAUCUUAUGCUCACGUGACCAAGUCUGAAUAUCCUCAAAAGCACGUUUCUGAUGAAAUAGAUGGACACAAUACCUGAUAUAAACUUUGUGGGGUUAUUAGUUUCCUUUGCUAACGCCCUAUGGAAAUGGAAAUGGUAAAAGGGUCUUUCUGGGCUAUCAGGUAAUAAGAUAGCUUGUAGAUACUAGAUAGAUGCUCACAUAGUAAAUUUCCGUGUUAAAGGCUUUUUUCAUUACUUUGUAGAAUUAGCGCUGUUUAGUGUUUACACACACAAGCAAAGGUAAGAGCAAACAAGAAAAAGAAAAGCAUGGUUCUGACUAUGGCUUUUUUGUUCCAAAGUUUUCUAUGUUGACGUUGUGUCUCUGCUUUGAGGAUCAUCAUAUGCUGGUCAGCCAUGGUUGUACUUUUGCAGGGGUUAUUAAGAAAGAAGUUUUCAAUUCU